UCUCAUGGUCGUAGCAAGAAAUUCCAGUCCAACGCGGCUUCGCUUCCGGUGCCGUGUCCUCCCUAGAAAUCAUCGUCCCUAAAUUGGACAAAAUUACACUGAACUACGCAGAUCCAUCGUUGCGACCACGCAGAAGAUCUCCGUGCUCGGGUGGCGCGGCGGGAUGGCGUCCUCAUCGGCGGCGGCGGCGACGUACCGGUGCGCGGAGUGCGGGGCGGACCUGAACCUGACGGCGGCGCAGCUAUACCCGGAGGGGGUCUACUUCGAGGCCGGCAACAAGGGGACGCUCUCCUUCUCGUGGGUGGACGAGUCGCGGCUGCGGUUCGCGCCGGAGGACAAGAUCCGCCCCUUCUUCGAGACGCUCAACUACUGGGGGAUCCAGCGGAAGCGCACCCGCAUCAGCUGCGACGCCUGCGGCCGCCUCCUCGGCUACGUCUACGACGACGGGCCGCCGGCCAUGGACGGCACCGGCCAGUUCGGGAUGGGCCCCAGCCAGGUCAUCCCUCGCCGGCCGAGGUACCGGAUCAAGACCAAGGCCGUCACCGUGGUCAAUCCUCCGGCUACCGCACCGUACAGAUGAGAUGAAACCUUGUACAUCAACAUCGUAGUAGCGUUCGGUGUUACAAGUAGGACAUGUAAAACGUAUUCCAUUGUGAUCUUGGUUCGCCGUUGUUGCAAAUAAAUAAAUUGUAGUAGUACUAUGGGAUGAUGAAA